AUUUAAAUAAAGUAUUGGAAAAAUAUCCUGAAUGGGGUUAUCCUUUAGCAUUAAGAGGUGGAAUAUACCGAGCUUUAAAAUCUUAUAAAAAAGCUUUGACGGAUUUGAAUAAAGCAUUAGAAAAUUUGAAAGAUAGAGCAUUUAAUGUUGGGCAUAUAACAAAAGCAUUAUGUAAUAGAGGUGCUGUUUAUUUUGCAAUGGAAAAAUAUAACGAAGCUUUAGCUGAUUUUAAUAAGGUAUUAAUUCGUGAUCCCAAAAAUUCAUAUGCAUUACAAGAACGAAGUGCUGUUUAUCAAGCUUUAGGAAGGAAUGAUAAAAAAAUGGUAGAAGAAUCAGGAAAUGAAUUAACA